AUGAGCUCCACGUACAUUCUUCUUGUUGAACUCAUGUUGUUCCUAUAUCUAGUCAGAGAGACCGCCUCUAAAGUGGAGUUUACGAACGUCAAAUGCACUUCACUGGAUAAGGAAUUCGAUGAUUUUGAGUAUUGCUAUCUGAAGUCGGUGAAUCGGAGCUACAAAUACUUGUCCCUGAAAGUCAAUUUGUAUAAAGUUCCCAUCACAAAAGUGAAAGUGAACUUUGCAUUGCUCAAGCGAUUCAGUGGCUAUAAGCCGUUCCUCUACAAUAUCACUGUGGAUGCCUGCAAGGUAUUGAAAAAUCCAAAAUCGAACCCAGUGUUUGUUUUCUUUCACGGUUUGUUCAGCGACCAUUCAAAUAUGAAUCAGUCCUGUCCCUUCGAUCAUGACCUCUUGGUGGAUAAGCUUCCUGUGAGCUUUGUCAAUCGGCACUUUACGCAGGUCCUGCCAUUUCCAGAGGGGGAAUACCUCUUUCAAUCCAAUUGGUUUGCUUACAAUGUAAAUCGAGCUCAAGUCAACGUCUAUUUCACUCUUUCUUAAAUUGUUUGAAGUUCAAAUAAACUUAGCUCUUAGUUGGGAUAAUUCGGAUAAAUCAGCAUAG